AUGACGUACACGUCGCUUACACGGCGCCAUGUUCUGACUUGUUUGGGUAUUUUGUUUCUGAAUCUUCCAAAUGGAAUACCGUGGCUAUAUGGAAAUCUAAUUACAUACAUCAGCUCUUACAUAAUGGCCAGACGAGGAACAGAUGGCUUCGACCUCAAUCCCACCUGGCCUCUAACUCUCUACAGCAUUACCUACAGCGUCGGCUUGGCCACGCCUGGCCUCCUGGUCAAGUGGCUCGGACUGCGAAUGACCACAGUAUGUAUUGUUCUCUUUCUGGACCUGGCAAUAUUUAUCAGUUACUUCACAUCACAGUAUUCUAUCGGCAUGCUGGCCCUAACCCUGGGAGUUCUGGGCGGGCUGGCCAUCGGUGGAGUGGCCUGUGUGUCGCUCUACUACAUGUGUGGAUGGUUUCCGCAGCAUAUUGGACGCGCAUGCGCCUUUUCAUCCUGUUCAGUCAGUGGAGGCAGCAUUUUCACCAACAUCCUGCUGACGGUGUACAUUAACCCGGACAAUCUGCAACCCGACGUGAUCACCAGCACGGCUUCUUACUUCUCCCAGGAUGACUUGCUAGACAGAGUGCCACGGGUCUUUCUGGUCUUCGGAGCCAUGUCCACUGCCACCCAUCUCCUUGGGUGUUUGCUGCUUCAGCCUCCACCUGCUUAUGACAGACUAUCAAUGGAGAGGAAAAGCAGUGAGCCGCACGCUAGUUCUGAACUUGUGGACAUAAACUCCCAGGAUAGUAAAUAUCCAAUAGCGAAUUGUGCACAGAAGUUAUAUACGACUGAUAACGGGAAUGCGGAUUCAAAACCGCCUUCUACUUAUUCAGAGCAAGAGCAUUGUUCACCGCAUAAUGAUUAUCCAGUUUCACACGUCAACAACACAAACGGGCUGUGUUCACCGCAGAGCAGCGACCCAUUGUCACCCGUCCUGCAUUUAGAAGACGUAUUGCCUUUGCAAGUGUUACAAGAUAGGAACUUCUACCUGUUGUGGUUCGCAGUCGGGGUGUUCAUGUACGGGCUUUUGAUGGUCAGCAAUUUCUACAAACAGUACGGGCAAAGUCUCGUCUUUGAUGACAACUUCUUUGCCCUUGUUGCAUCGUUGAUUUCCCUUGGCAGUAUUGGAGGCCGCCUUUUGUCAGGCUAUAUCUUGGAUAAAUUUGAUUUAAAAGAUAAUAUUAUCAUUUAUUUGGCUCUCAACACCAUCUUGUGCAUCUUUUGGUUCCAUUCCCUUCAUUUACAUCGUGUGCUCUACCUGAUCUUCUCUGUGCUCCUUAUUUCCGAGUGCAACAUGGCCUUCGUGCUGGCUCCCUACGCGGCGCUGAAGUUGUAUGGAGCCACUAACCUCAGCGUCAACACUAGUCUCAUCUUCAGCUCCAAUGUAGUAGUCAGUCUCCUGAUGCCGAUUAUCAGUCCGUCGGUACUUGGUCGGUUUGGGUGGUUCUGGCUGUUUCAAACAGACGCCAUCUCAAGUUUUCUCGUGUUUGUUUCUGUUAUUGUUUUCUUACGCGUGAAACCACGGGCAAAGUAA